AUGCAAAGAGCAACAGACUGCCAAACAGCGGAAGGAGAAGCCUGUGAAGAGCCGUGUGAGUCUGAGAACUGCACUUGCAGCUCCAACUGCUCAUCAACAGCAGAAUCCAACCCCGAUUCACCAGUAAUUCUUAAAAUAUUGCAGAACUGGGCUCCCACAGUUUCCCACUACUUUGACAAAGAGCAUUACACUUAUGCAGGCCAGCACAUUGUCAUCCAGGAAUCUAUAGAACACUUUGGAGCAGUGGUGUGGCCUGGGGCACUGGCUUUGUCUCAGUAUCUGGAAUCAAAUCAAGAACGAUUCAACCUCAAAGACAAGAAAGUUUUGGAAAUUGGUGCUGGAACAGGCUUGGUUUCCAUCGUGGCUUCCAUCUUAGGAGCUUAUGUUACAGCUACUGAUUUGCCUGAAGUUCUUGAAAAUCUCUCAUUUAAUAUUUCAAGAAAUACACACAACAUGAAUACGCACAAACCUGAAGUGAGAAAACUGGUGUGGGGAGAAGACCUCAAUAAAGACUUCCCUUUAUCAACUUACCAUUAUGAUUUUAUACUGGCAAGUGAUGUUGUAUACCAUCACACUGCUCUGGAUGCCCUGCUAGCAACAAUGGUACACUUCUGCCAGCCAGGGACAGUAUUAUUAUGGGCGAAUAAAUUCAGAUUCAGUACAGACUAUGAAUUUUUGGAACAACUUUGCAAUAUAUUCGAUACAUCCAUCCUAGCAGAAUUUCCAGAAUCAAACGUCAAGUUGGUUAAAGCCACGGUAAGAGAGAACUGA